AUGGAGUAUUAUCACCGAGUACGCAUAACGGCAAAGUCACAUAAAGUAUUCGGCACAGUGGCGGAGAACUUGUACCUUGUGCUCGUGACAGACGAGUUUGAUCGCCAACAUGUUGCCGCCCAAGCAGAUGGCUCGCUUGACGAACUGCGAGAUCAGACCAUCGACCUGCUCUUUCCUGGCACGAUGAAUUUGGGAUCGGCGGACAAGACAGCAGCGGAGCUGGAGGAGAUGAAGGUAAAGCGACGAAGGUCCAUGUACUAUCGACUUCGUCUGGGCCAGAGGUUACUCGAGCUCGUCCGACGGUUUGGCUACGGCAUCCUAGUCUAUCCUGGCUUCGGAUGCGGCGACAUAAACGACCUCAAGAAUGACCAGGUCACCGCAUUUAUUACCCACAUGGAAUGCUGCCAUCCAAACAUGCAAGAGGAGCUCAACAACUUAUCCCAUGUGGUACGGGUCAUCGUUCACUGGGGUCUGCCACCAGAAGAGCUGGCCAUCGAGAUGAUACCCUACAAGAUGCUAAGCAAGCACCAGCAUCGAUCGUUUAACGAACUUUUCACGUUCCCCGAUCGGCCGGAUUAUGUCUUCUCCUGGAUCGAGCCUGGUUCUGCCUCGAACAUCCCGAACUGGUGGAGCAGUCCCUGUGACGUCCUGCAAGUACUCGGUGACCUGGACGCCGAGAAGUUGCAGCCAUCACCGCCUCCGUACAGCCAGCCUCCGCCAAUAGGCUGCGAUGGCCGCCUUAACGUAAUGUACCAGAACACCGAAUGUGAUUGCUGA